AUGUUUGAACAAGGCCGAUAUGGAAAUGCUGUUCUUGUUGGAGAUGCGGGUUAUGCUUGCAGUAAUUAUAUGAUGACUCCAUUAGAACAGUGCAGUACUGCUGCUGGAAAUUUGUACAACGAGUCACAUAUAAGAACACGGAGUUGUGUAGAAAGGUUGUUUGGUGUAUGGAAAAGACGUUUUCCGAGCAUGGCAAUAGGACUGGGAGUUUCCCUACAAAAUUCAUUCCCAAUUAUCAUCGCCAGAGCUGUCUUGCACAAUAUUGCAAGAAGAAGUGGUGAAUCUACACCUCCUAAUGAUAAUACAAUAGUAAAUCCAGUUUCCUGGGAAGCUGUCUUAGCUCAGGGCAAUAUAAACAAUGUAAGUGUGGAUGCAGUAAGAAGUCAAAGAAACAAUCCAACUUAUAGAAGGCGCAAUGAAAUUAUAACAAAUUAUUUUUCACAACUAGCAAGA